AUGUUAUCCAACGAUCGUCAAAAUUUUGUAAAGCUUGUUAGAAAUCCAUAAAUAAAUGCAAUUUAAUAGUUAACAUAAUUAGUUACUUAAGCUAGUCGGACAAAAAGCACUAUAUAGCCCUCCACCAAAAGAGUAGCUGAGGUAUAAAAAUGCGAGAAAACUGAUAAAUAAGAGAAAAUUAUAUAUACAACCAGAGAAAUCAACUCAUAACAAUCUCUUAGGAAUUAUUUCGAUAACUCCACUUGUAAAAACAACAAAGAAAAUUAACCAUCCAAAAAACAUUUGUAUUAAGAAAAUAGAUCACAAACACCAAUGGCUUAAAAGAGCCCAAUUGUAAUUAAUACUAGAGGAAGAGGUUCUGUUAGUCCUUUAAGAUGUGUGUAAUAAAAUCAGACAUCCAAAAGCCAAAAUAAAUCAGCAUUUAAGUAGCCUGAAGACCCUUAAAUUAUGGAUAUGGUUGAUAAUCUAAAAUAAAAUAUUCUUAGAGACUUAUAAGAAGUAACUAAAAGGUAUCAAUCCAAUACUCCUAAACCUGUGGAAAUGCUCCAAAAAUAAAACCAAAAAAUCAAGCAUAUAUUAGAAUAUAAGGAAACUUAGAUAAAAGUUCCUUAUUUUGACUAUUCCAGCCAAAAGAGCAUAAAACACCCAGAAAUUUUCUAUUCUGAGGAAAACUCAUAAAUUAAAUCAUAAUUUCUAGAAUAAUAAUCGUAAAUUUUAUAGUAGCAGUUGGAAAUUAUAAAAUAAUAAUAAGAAGCAUUAAGACAAUAAUAAGUAUCAGUUUUAAACAGCAAGACAAAUUUGAAUAGUUUUUAUAAUCAAAUGAAAAAAUAACAGAAUGAAAGUAUUGAGGAUAUUUAUGGGAAAUCACAAUUUACAAUAAGCAACUUAUCAUCAAUUAUUCCAGUUGAAGUGUCAGCAAAUUAAAAUAAGAAAAUUAAUGUCUCCUUUGAAAGUAGUUUGGAAUAAAAUCCCAUUAAUUUAUAAUUUGAGAUGGUCUAAGGAAAUGAUUGUAGAACAACCUUUGGUCCUUCUUAAUUGGAGUCUCUGAUAAAAUCCCCAAAGCAAGUAGAACCAGAAUUAUUUAGUGAAUAACAGGUUAUGAAAGAAACUGUCAAAUAUGUUUAAUUAGAUAAUAGUUAAGGUAAGGUUUCAUCGGCAAAAAGAUAUAGUAAUGAUGAGUAAGAAUUGGUUCAAUAGUAAGAACUGAUUGAAUAAGUGCCACCUCCUUCUGCUUUCUCAAAUAAGUCGAAUAGAUAUGAUCAACUAAUGCAAAACUUUUAGAGUCUUCGGAAAUUAAGUAGAGAACCUAGUUUUGUAAUAGAAACAAAGAAGUCUGUUCAAAUGAAUGAGCUUAACCAUAUCAGUGACUUCGCUAUAAUGGGAAGUCAAAGAGAAAGCAUAGCCCUAUGCCAGACUAAAUUAAUCACUUUUCAAGAGGUAAAUAAUAGUCAAGAGGAAUGUGUAUAAUCUCCAACUUCACUUUUAGGUAAGUAAUAAGUAUUAACCUUCGAAUAAGAGCUUAAUUAAAAGUCUCUGUAUUCAAAUUAAUCGCAAUUUGAUUAACGAUCGAUCUAAUAAUUAUUAUAAAAAUCUAGUUUAUCUUAAUAAUAGGCGUCUUCUUUUUAAAAAUAAUCGAUAUCCAUAUAGCAAAGUACUGAAUAGACCAACAGAAUACUUGAGAGUAUUAGAUCGAAUGAGAGCUUUAAAUAAAGAACUGCAAGCUUUACUGAAUUUUUAAAAGUAAAAGAUGAAUUACCAAUAAAAAUUACAAAUGUUUAAAAAAUAUCCUUAAGACCUGGAAUAAGUUUCCUGUAAUAUAAACAAUAAAAUAAAUAUUGA